AUGGACAAGCUCGCAAGCAAGCUCGGCGGUGGCUCUUCCACCAGCAACCAGUCCGCUGGCAACCAGCAGGAGGACUACCUCGACAAGGGUCUCGAUGCUGCCGAGAAGAAGUACGGCGGCUCGAUGGGCCAGGACACGCAGAAGAACCGGGCCAUGAACGAGAAGAUCACCGACGGCAUCCGUGACAAGUUCGAGAGCGCCACCGGCAAGGACGUCCCCGACAAGUUCUCCAACUAA